AUGCAUCUUGCGCAAAGAUAUUAUGGGAACAGGCGACUGACGUUGUUUCGCAUGUUGAAUUACGACGUAUCAGCAGUACUGUUCUGUAUUUUUAGUUUGGUUCGGCAAUCACAUUCCGGUGAUACGGAGGUGUGGAAAGAUCUUAAUGCUGUUUCCGGAAUGGUUGUCUGUGACUUGACGUCGGAUACGCUUUAUGCUUUGAAAAUAAGCGCAGUAGGAUGGGAGAAUGAUACGAUGAAUAACACCGUUCAUUUUUUUACCUUAGAAAGCAGUAAUUUUGAACUGUUGAAUGUCGCACAGUUACAAGCAUUUAUCUUAGCGAUUAGCCGUUCUAAGCCUUUAACAGCUAAUUUCUAUGUGUUGAAGAUAUCUCUAAGAGGUGCAGUCAGAAGUUCCCCACCAGGAAUUUUGAUUGGUGAUGAUUUUCCCACUGCACAAGAAUUAGCAUGUGCUAAUGAUGAUGGAAAAUUUAUGCAUCCAAUUAAUGCUGAAUUGUUUUCGGAUACUUACCUUUGUAAGUUUGGACCGUUGAAGCCUAAUCGUAAUUAUACUGCAACUGUGUGGGCUGAAAAUAAGGCUGGCAGAAGUAUUGCAGCUAAUUUUACUGGAAGUUGUGUGACACCGUACGGCAGGCCAGAUAGCGUUGUUGCCCCUACCGUAUCUUCCGGAAAUACCACUUCGUUUGAACUUAAGUUUGAUCAUGAACAGGAUGAGGCAAAUGGACCCAUAGUCUGCUUUUAUUUGGCAAUAGUACCUCUACUGGAAAGUGUCUCAAUCGAUAGCUUACCACAGCCAGAUUCGCUGCCGUGCGAUAUGUUUAAUCAGGCGAUGAGUAAUAAUUACUUUUUGAAGGUUGAUAGUUCGCAAAAGCAGGUUUAUUUUGCCUAUAUCGCUGAAAGUUAUGCAAGGUAUCCAAACAGUACAGUGGUUGGUGACGGUAAUCCAUCCGGAGACAUCGAACCGUGUAAAGUGCCUUAUCUAAGCAGAUACCGUGCGGAAGAUAUGCCAUUGAGGCCACAUGUGAAAUAUACUGGUUUUUUAAUUGCUCGUGUUGAGAAAAAUAUUGGCGACCAAAAAACUGUUUUGAAGCAUUCAUCGAGCACAGAUGAAAGAAAAAAACGGAGGAUGAGGAAAAAGGUUAAGCGAUAUUCUUCAUUUUUUUAUCACUCAACUGAAAAGAUAAGUGGUGGCCCUCAAAGCGCUUCAAGAAUGAGUGGUUCUAUAAAGCCGGUAUUCAGCCACGGGCCAGAAUAUGCUUAUAGCGCUUAUUUCAAACCGAUUAUACUGAAGUCAGACAUUGGUAAAAGUUUGCCUCGUACAGAAAGAUUUCAUAAAGCUUGUGCUUCCAAACUGCCAGAAAAUCGGGAAAAAAAUAGAUAUAGCGACAAACAUACAUUCGAUGAUACUCGAGUUAAGCUGAAAGUUCUUGAUGGUUCUCCAGUGUCUGAUUACAUAAAUGCGAAUUAUGUCAAUGGGUAUAAGAAUAAAAAAAAAUUUAUUGCUACACAAGGACCUAAAGAUUGUACUCAAGCAGACUUUUGGCGAAUGGUUUGGGAACAGGAUGCAAGAAUAAUUGUAAUGAUCACCAAAUUACAGGAAGGGAGUCAGCGGCAGUGUUCUCAGUAUUGGCCCGAUAGGGAAAGCAGUAAAAUUUAUGGGGAUUAUGAAGUUUGUCACGUUGUUGAAAAUGUAUAUCCAGAUUAUGUUGUACGUGAAUUUGAGAUACAUCCAUUUAAAAAACCUUCUGUUAAUGGAUCGCUAAACGGACAUUCAGCAAUCGUAACAUACGUUACAGAACAUGAGAACAAUGUUGUUGUUGAGCCAUCAACAGUAACGGUUACAAGGUCUUCAUCUGAACAUGGAUCUGAAAAAUCUAGUAAACUGAAUGUUAACUAUGAAAACCUUCGUAGCACAAAAAACUCACAGGGAAACAGUUACCAACGACUAAGCACAGCUGCUGGAGAGUCGGAUGAAGGUGAAAAACUUGAACCUCGGAAGAUUGUUCAGUAUCAUUUUAUUUCGUGGCCAGAUUUUGGGACUCCAAAGUGCACAAUGAGUUUCCUUCGAUUUGUUUUGAAACUUCGUAAAAUUGAGGAAUUCAAUUCACACUAUGUCAUUGUUCAUUGCAGUGCUGGAUGUGGAAGGACAGGGACAUUUAUCGCAAUAGACAGUCUUCUUGAUCAGUGUGCUGAAAAGGAUAAAGCUGAUAUAUUUGGUUUCGUGUCGCAGUUGAGAAAUGCACGGGGCGGAAUGAUCCAAAAUGCGGCACAAUAUCGUUUUAUUUACCGAGCUUUAACCACCUGGUACUUGUAUGGUAAUACUGAUGUUGAAGCGAAGAACUUUCGAGAACAUUACAACAAACUAUUGCAACCCGCAGAAGAACGCCGACAGAGCAACGGUCUUUCAUCUACGGUUGUUGCUGCUCUAUUCAAGUCGGGAACUGGAUCGCGUGAAAGUGUUAGUGUACUGGAUGGAAAAUCAGUAACCAGGAUGGAAGAAGAGUUUAAAGUUUGUUUUCAAACUGUUCUACUUACUCAAACUCGUUUACAAAUAUUGCUUGACCCCCCUCCACGUAUCAGUUUUGCCUAUGAGCAGCAUAACGUUGUUAAGAAUCGUUUUGAGGAUGCUGUGCCUUAUGAUUACUGCCGUGGCCACUAUUUUAAUUUUAUACUUGCUCAAGAUCCUGUAAGCGAAAACACAUGUUAUGAUUUUUGGCAAAUGAUUGAUAAGUUUCGGUCGAAGAUUAUUGUCAUGCUGUCAAAUGACAAUGAGUUUGCGCCGAAUGAGAGGUAUUGGCCGAACGAGGUUGGUAAAGCCGUGACUUUUGGGACUAAAGAUGAGGUUUCAGUCAAACUUGUUGAGGAGAGCUUAGCAAAUGAAGCAAAACCUACACACAUCCUCAGGAAGAUCACUUACAAAUUUGCUCAGGAAAAAUUCUAUCAUGAAGUCACGCAGUUUGACUAUUUAUGUUGGCCAAAAGGGCGUGCUACUCCAACUUCUAUGAAGUCGUUGAUAUGUUUAAUUGAUCUUGUUUUGGAGUCGCAGGUUAAUCACGACAAAGAUGUAUUUAUGAGCCCUAUAGUAUUACAUUCAAGAAAUGGUUCUUUCGAAACGGGUAUAUUUUGCUGCAUAACGCUGCUUCUUGAGCGAUUAAGGAGUGAACAGUUGGUUGAUGUUUUUCAGACGGUACGAAGUCUACAACGGUGUCGUCCGGGUAUAAUUACUUCUUUGGAGCAAUAUAAAUUUUGCUAUGAAGCAGUGGUUGAAUAUUUGGAUAGUAAACGAAGUCCUAGUCGUUAA